CGAGCUGAGUGCGCGACUGCUGCUGCUGCUGCUUGAGUUCUGAGCGACAGUGCAUGAGCUCUUAACACUGGCGAGCGACCUCAAGAGUUUUCAUCAUUACUGGAAAUUAGGAUUUGAGAGGAAAAAACUUUUCAUUUCUUGGCUUUCUUUAGUGUUGUGAGAAAAACGGGCUCUUUUUUUCUACUUUACGAUGUUUUCUGUCAAAUUUUUUGGGGGGCUCUGAGAGAGUUUGAAGACGUAGAUAAAUCUUUUCAUGUAUUCAGCGCUGGAGUUAACUGACGAGAUAAACUAACAAAUGAGGAACAGCGAGUGUCAACAUCCAUGUAAAUAGUAAACCAACUCAAAUACUUGAAGAGAGAAAUACAUGAAGAGAAAGAAAAGACCUUUCCCCGCUGAACGGGACACUUGAAAGUUUGUUUUCUGCGAGCACUAGAAGAUGCAUCACUGAAACAACACUGGUACCGAGUGACCGUUGCAGGGUAAUUUCUAGUCACUUGGCACCUGGCUCAAGAACAGAUGUCCAAGGAGGACCACAGCCACAGUGUCAGCCCGCCCGAACCUCCAGAUGGAGCCCAACCGGACAGCCGGCCCAUGGAAACUCUCACCGCGUCAUGUCCAGAAGGGAAUAAAACCGGUGAGCAGACAGCACAGAAUUCAAACACCCCACCCAUGGAAAAGACAGGAGACGUGGAGAAUGGCAACAACAACAACAGCUUGUCCCAACCGGACCUCACUAGCACUUCUGGCAAAAGCAUAACAUAUCAACCUCAGGCACGGUCUACGCCCAUACACCCCGCACUGCCUAACUCAGCCGAAUCGGCAGCGCUGCUGCGGAGAGACAGCAAGCCGCACAGCGAUGGGGUCAGAAACGGAACCUUUUCACGAGCCGCCUCGUCAUCCUCCUCGUCUUCAUCCACAGCCCAUAAAAACCCCGAGAAACUGCAAUCGAACCCAUCCAUCAACAGUCAGAGCAGCAAGAGGAGCAAAGGAAGCUCCAAAUCCAACAGCUCCCAGAUCCCCACCGAGGCCCAGGAUGAUUGCUGUGUCCACUGCAUCCUGGCCUGUCUGUUCUGCGAGUUCCUCACACUGUGCAACAUCGUGCUGGACUGCGCCACAUGCGGCUCCUGCGCAUCAGACGACUCGUGCUUCUGCUGCUGCUGCGCUUCAGAGGAAUGUGGCGACUGCGACCUGCCCUGUGACAUGGACUGCGGCAUCAUCGACGCGUGCUGCGAGUCUGCAGACUGUCUGGAGAUCUGCAUGGAGUGCUGCGGGCUGUGCUUCUCCUCCUGAGACUCCUGUAGGGGGCGCUGCCUCUUUCACUGAUUUGGGACCUGAGAAGAAAUGAGCAAAGAAUGACAUCUGAUGAUCUGGAGUUGUGAGUUGGCUUUCUUUUGAACUGUCUUGCUAGGAGAAGGGUUAGUCAUCCUACACUAGUGGUGUUAUUCUGCAGUUGUCUUUAUACAUAUGAACUCUAUCUGGGCUGGUUUUUGCGUAAAAUCUUUUGUUGAGUCUGCAUUGGCAUGAUGCGGAAUACAAAUACAUCCCAAAGACUUAAGAGGCCACUGAGAAAAGCCAAAAAACGUUCAAAAAUGUCAGUAUUUGUUAGUUAUUUCAAAUCGUCUUAGUGCCAAACUUUUGAUAAAUGCACAAUCCACAGCCAUCCAGUGGUUUAGGAAUUUCGCAAUGAUGCACACCAUAAAAGAGCUUGAAUUGCAACUCAGAUCUGUUGUCUCCUAAAAAGGAAUACAUAUCCAAAGAUCACAUACACAAUCAAAACUACCGCUAUUUUGCAAUGUUAAUCCCAAAUAUCACCUCUCCAUAUAUGCACACUUACUGUAGUACACUGGUGUAGUCCUUUGAGGAUUACAAAAGCCAUAAACUGUGAGUGUGAAACUCAUAGAUGUAUGCGAGUGGGAGAAAGACGUGUGUAUUUAAUAUAUGGUGCCAUACUACAGUUGUAUCAUAGAUUGUAUAUAAACGUGAAAAGAAUCCUGUCACUCUCUACAUUUGGUCCUGUGAUGUUCUUAUUCUCACUCUUUCACUCAUCAGUCAAUCAAUUUUCUUAUAUACUGGAAUAUUAUACUGUAAGCGGUUGUGAAUUGCGCCGUAUUUUUUCCAAUGUGAAAUAUCUGUUUCGUAAUUCCAAUACUUUCCAUUUAAAUCAGUUGUGUGUGAAUCUAAAUGUAAAAUUUAUGUAUCUACCUAUUAUUUUAUUGUUUUAGUGUUAGCAGUAUUAUUUUAUCCUUUCAAAAAAAAAAAACAGGAUUCCUUACUGUCUACAUCUAGAGCAGCACAUGACUUCAACACCCCAUAACCCAAACCAUAAACCGUACAUAAUCAUCUCACAGAAUGAUGGUAAAAAGCAGUGCAUUGAUUUGAAUUGUUUACAUUUUAAGGACACAUCUCUAUUCUUGCUUGGAGGUAGACAGGAUACGUUUUUAACUGGACAAGACUGUACAGCAAUGGAAUAAAAGAACAGGAUAAAAUAAAUCUAUUACUGUUAUAUUUGGUGUUUUUUAUAGCAAAGAAUCCUAUUUUCUGGUAUUCAAACCCCAAAAUGUAUU